AUGUCACAUAUAUACUACCAACCGCCUGAUGAGGCCAUUCAAGAAGAUUAUGGCUCCGACGAGGGGCCAGCUAACCACGGCGAAGGCAAAGACUGGGACGAAACCGAGUUGGAACUGUGCGGUGCCAUUCGAACAAACAUCACCUCCCCGUGUGACCUCACUGGCGAAGUCCAUCCCAUCCUCAGCAACUGGAUCCCAGCACCAUCAACACCCAGCGACGAUGGCCCCUCCGAUGAGGUCCUCAUCCCGGAACUCCACCAACCCCUGCUACUCGCCAGCCGCAUCCUCGAGCGUGAGGCCUUGCCCUGGUUCUCAGACUUCUUCAUAGAGGAUAUAUUCUCCCCUUCCUACGCCGGCUAUCUGCGCCCCUUUGUCGAAAACGACCGGCAAAAGGACCAAGACAAAACCCCCUUGGUCAUUGUCCGCCAUCACAAAGCCCGUUGGGCCACACCUGCAAUGCGCCAGUACUGGUGUCAGCUUGCUGCCGAGAAGCUUCGGAGCGAGGAGCUCACCAGCCGGGUUAGAUGGAGUUUAGAUGACAGCAUUGUACACACCAAACGGGCGUAUGGAUAUACACCCCGGUAUCCUCACACUCCUGGGGAAAAGCACAAGAUCGACUUGCCUGACUUGAUCAUUGAGUAUGACAAGCUAGCCAAGUUGAGAGGGGAAAAGGGGAGGACUCUGACGGUGCUUCUCAUGAGGCCGUUCGCGAGGAGGUUGUAUGACCUGAGGGUGAUGGGGGGACGAGGUCGGGAGGAAUACUGCAGGACGGCGUUUAUGGCUGCUGUUACCAUGCUUCAUGAACUUGCCCAUGUCAUUUACUGGCAGGACUUCCGGGCUAUGAACAGACGUUUAUACGAGCCGUUCUACGGGGGGGAUCUAGAAAUGGAACUGGGCGACAGUUUGAUCGCGUCAAUUUUUGGAGGUUGGACGCCGGUGUUAGUCAACUGGACUCCUGGGUGGCAUUUCAACCCAACAUUUCAAGACGGUAUCGCAUGGUGCCAGUGCUUGAACUGGGACUAUCAUACGAAGAGGCCGCGGUACAGGGCUCAUUACUCCAUACGCGUGGACUAG